AUGGAGAUCGCCUUGGUGAGUUUUGAGAACGGCGGCGCCAAAGGGAGCGGAGGAGGAGGAGGAGGCGAUGCGGAGGACAGCUGCCGGAACGCGCUGGAUGUCCCUCAGCCCGGCUUCGUGCAGACUGGACUCGGGGAGGACUUCUGCAAAGAGCUGAACACCCGGGGGAGUCCCCAGCCGCGGCUGCAGCCGCUCCACAGCUCGUGGAAGAUCAACGACAUGAACAGCACCUUCAGCUGCUCAGAGAACACCAUGGAUGCGCUUUUACGCGCGGACCACAGUCCGCAUCUGUUCGACGAGGACAUGCUGGACAUGCACAUGGACACGGAGAGCAACGAGAGGGUGCUCAUCAACAUCGCCGGGCUGAGGUACGAGACCCAGCUGGGGACCCUCAACCAGUUUCCCGACACUUUGCUCGGAGACCCCGCCAAGAGGAUCAAGUACUUCGACCCGCUCCGGAACGAGUACUUCUUCGACCGCAACAGACCAAGUUUUGACGGGAUUUUGUAUUUUUACCAGUCAGGAGGGAAGGUCCGGAGACCCGUGAACGUGUCCAUCGACGUGUUUGCGGAUGAGAUCAGGUUCUACCAGCUGGGUGAGGAGGCCAUGGAGCGGUUCCGAGAGGACGAGGGCUUUAUAAAGGAGGAGGAGAAGCCGCUGCCCCAGAACGAGUUCCAGAAGCAGGUUUGGCUCAUCUUCGAGUACCCGGAGAGCUCGAGUCCGGCCCGGGGCAUUGCCAUCGUGUCCGUGCUCGUCAUCACCAUAUCCAUCAUCACCUUCUGCAUGGAGACGCUGCCCGAGUUCCGGGACGAGCGGGAGCUGAUGGUCACCAACCGCCUGGACAACAGCACCUCGCCGCGGCCGUCCCUCACCUUCACCGACCCCUUCUUCAUCAUCGAGACCACCUGCGUCAUCUGGUUCACCUUCGAGCUCUUCGUGCGCUUCUUCGCGUGCCCGAGCAAGUCCGAGUUCUCCAAGACCGUCAUGAACAUCAUCGACAUCAUGUCCAUCAUGCCUUACUUCAUCACAGUGUGUACGGAGCUGGCGGAGCAGCAGGGCCAGGAGCACCAGAACGGGCAGCAGGCCAUGUCCCUGGCCAUCCUGAGGGUCAUCCGCCUGGUGCGGGUCUUCAGGAUCUUCAAGCUCUCCAGACACUCCAAGGGGCUCCAGAUCCUGGGCCAGACCCUGAAGGCCAGCAUGCGGGAGCUGGGCUUGCUCAUCUUCUUCCUCUUCAUCGGGGUCAUCCUCUUCUCCAGCGCCGUGUUCUUCGCGGAAGCGGACGAGCCGGAGUCUCACUUCUCCAGCAUCCCGGACGCCUUCUGGUGGGCGGUGGUCACCAUGACCACGGUGGGCUACGGGGACAUGAGGCCGGUGACGGUGGGGGGGAAGAUCGUGGGCUCCCUGUGCGCCAUCGCCGGUGUGCUCACCAUCGCGCUGCCGGUGCCGGUCAUCGUGUCCAACUUCAACUACUUCUACCACCGGGAGACGGACCAGGACCAGUCCUCCCUGAAGGACGAGCCCAACAGCGGCCGAGCGAGUCCCGAGCUCAAGCGCAAAGGAAGUAAAUCCUCCAACAAGUCCCAGGACGCGGAGGACAACGAGGCCACCGGAGAGAAGGCGAACAUCAAGGCCAACAGCAGCUUGGACUUCAAGAGAUCCCUGUACGCGUUCUGCCUGAACACACGGGAGACGGACCUGUAG